UUUUCUCUUUUGUCAGGUUGGUACCAGAGUCUCCUCGAUGGCUGUUAUUGAAUGGUAAAGCAGAAAAAGCUGAAACAGUUCUUGCCAAAAUUUCCAGAAUGAACAAACGACCAUUACCAGAUGAUCUUGUACUGCAAAAACCUGUGAUACCUCAAACACGAGCAAGUUUUAGGCAAAUGUUUAGUACCUGGAAAAUUGCUAAGAAAACCCUGAUUUGUUGGGAUUUAUGGUAUGUUUUUCUGUACGUCGAGUUCAUACUUGAAUCUUUUGUGUCCGUGACUUUCACAUAGUUAGAUAAGUAUAUAUAUAUAUAUAUAUAUAUAUAUAUAUAUAUAUAUAUAUAUAUAUAUAUAUAUAUAUAUAUAUAUAUAUAUAUAUAUAUAUAUAUAGAUAUAUAUACAUAUAUACAUAUAUAUAUAUAUAUAUAUAUAUAUACAUAUAUAUAUAUACAUAUAUACAUAUAUACAUAUAUACAUAUAUAGAUAUAUAGAUAUAUAUAUAUAUAUAUAUAUAUUUUAUAAGCUUUGUUUGGCAUGUUUGGCAUGUUUGGUUUGUUUGUUUUGUGUCUUUCUAUUAUGCUCUGGUUAUCCAUUGAGCACUCUAUCAUUGGUUUUUAUAACCCUACACAAACUAUUUUAUAUAUAUAUAUAUAUAUAUAUAUAUAUAUAUAUAUAUAUAUAUAUAUAUAUAUAUAUAUAUAUAUAUAUAUAUAUAUAUAUAUAUAUAUGUAUAUAUAUGUAUAUGUAUAUAUAUAUAUAUAUAUAUAUAUAUAUAUAUAUAUCUGCAUGAUAACUCAACUCAUUCACUUUCUCAUUUAACACAAAAUAUGCUCAAGUAACAUAUGCGAACAAAUAUUAUUCUUUUGUUAAUUAAUGACCAUUAUUGAAACAUAAUGACCAUUAUUGAAACCAAUUGAAAUAACAUCAAGAACUAUGAUUAAUAUAUGAUGAAAGCUAUCUUGCAAACAAGUCGGGUAAUUUUCCAUUCGUAUACAUUUAUGUGUUCCAAUGCGGGCACGGUACUGCUCAAUUGAUAUUUCCAUAAUAACGAUAUUAAUAAAACACUAUCGCUGUGAUUAUUUAGACCUUGAACUACGAUGUUGUAUUAAGCUCAAACAGAUGUUUUUACUCGCUUGUUUUUAUGAAGAGUGACGGCACCUAAAAAUUUAAUAAAAAUACGGUUGAUUCAUUUGUUGUAAUGGCUAAAAUAAUUCGACCAAAAACAUUGUUAUUUGUGAUCAAACUUUCAUUUUACCUUGAAAAAUAUUUUAGAUAAACAGCCAGACGUAAGAAAAAUAUUUCGAUAAACAGCCAGACAUAAAAUUUGCAGCAAGCUGGAAUCAAAAUUUUCAUUAGGCACGAGGCGCACGUAACGUGUUAACAAAUUGUAAUGAUUCAUGGUGGUGUUCGAGAGUCUCAACCAGGAUAUUUGGAUCAUCCGUACGUGCGUACAUUCGUACAAACAUAAAAUCGAGUUGCCGUUUGCUCUACAUAGUUCGGCCAACCGGAAACGGACUGGUGCGAGAAAAACACAUCGUCCAGAAUAGAAGGCUGCCUUCGGCAGCAAUAAAUACCAAUUUCCUCAAAAUUUACGCUACGGCACAAAAUUGCCAUCUUUGUCCACGGUGAUCAACGACAUUUUCCUCUCAAACUACGACAGUUAGUAGGAGUGCCGCGAUAAAAUUACAGCCCUGAUCAGAAGACCUGAGGUGUGUGUGUGCAAAUGCACUUUGGGUAAUGUAAUCCUUUUUGGUUUUCAUGUUUUUUGUUGUAUAUACUGUAGGUUUGCCAACGCCCUUGUGUACUAUGGUGUAUCUUUUGGUUCUGUUGAUCUUGGUGGAAAUAGAUAUCUGAAUGUUUUUCUUGUCAGUGUUGUCGAAAUACCUUCAAAUCUCGCUUAUAUUUGGUCAGCAGACAGGUGA